AUGGCCAUCAUUGCAAAGUUUAAAGCCAAUGAAUGUGUCAAAAGAGCUUAUGAGCACGUUUACGAAGGUCAGUCAUCCACUGUUUCAUUACCAGAAAUAUGGGACAAGAUGGCGACGGACAUGCGCACUUUGACCAAAUAUGGCGACCAAAUAUUACUAUAAACUAUAUGGGAGUUGAUCAAAAUAUCAAAUUUUAAUAUACUUUGUUUAAAUAUUUCAUGGUUGCGGAGCUCGAUUAUAGUAGCGACACGAACAAGCAAUAUUUCUAAACAAAAAUCGCUAGUAUUGCACCGCGUCUAGCAGGUUCCUGAGAAUGUUGUAUUUUUACACGCAAUUCGAUGAAUUUCAUAGUGUAAUUUAUAGUAAACUUGUGACACAAGAGGUAAAUAUCCGACGAAUAGACCAACAUCCAUUCGGACGAUGCAAAGUGCGGAGCUCGCGAUAUAUUUAAUGAUGUCCAAACUGUUAAUUUAGCUAAAUAAAUCCGCUGUAAUUUCCAGGGAAACUGGUUCCCGAAACGUUUAAAAGUUCGCCUUUUUACGGUUCUUGUAUGUCGCCAUUAAGCCAUCUUAAUAUCCAAAAACGACAAGUUUUAAUACAAAUUUGAGCUGUUUCGAGCAGCCAUGUUUCUUGUUUAUUUUGAAGGACUAGAUCCCAGGCUCUCACGUAAAAACACAGGGAUAUUUUAGGAUUUUUUAGGAUAUUUGCAAUAUUUUUAGUCUUGAUAAAAAUUUGCGGGGUUAAAGGUCAAAAUACCGGAAGUGAUCAGCAAAAACUGCAAAAUAUGGUUUAAAAUCACAGUUUUUGGUUGAAUAAUACUUGAACUGGAGAUUCAAAGUAAAAUGCGAAGUCAAAUUACUUAUAUUAGGCAAUGUUGGGCAUAUAAAACGGACUUAGCCGCUGACUACAAAAGCGGGAGCAAAAUGUCCCAUAUUUCUGGUAAUGUUUGUUUUUGUGCGUCCCUCGUUCACCAUAUAGUUGCGCCAACAUAUUAAAUUUCUCAAUAUUUUCUUGUAUUUAACACAGGAGGUCCACCUUUACCUCCAGACGAAAUCUUGUCAAGUCAUAGUGUUGGCGGUUCGGCCGACGUCGCCGCAAUAAAGUGCUUUUCACUUUGUAAAAUUGACGCCAAAUGUGUUGGAUUCAACGUCAAAGCAAGUUUGAAUGAUGAUAACUGCCAGCUUACUAACGUCACUAAAAGCAAAAAUAAAAAUACUCCAAAGAAGGGGGAAUGGAAGUUGUUUCGUGGUUUUGAAGCGGUAUGGAAAAUACAUGUUUUUCUCAUUGUUAGAUAUUUAUUGUCCAGUUUGGUGAAAAAUAACAAUAUUUUAAAAGAGACGGGCAAGGCAGAUCAACCCAAUUUGAAGUCUUUCUCACCGGGUGCAUUAGGUCAGUUCAAGGAAACCAAAUCAAGUAAAAUUGCGGCAAUAUGA